UUAUUUAGAAACUUGAGAUUCUUGAAUUUUAGAAGAAUUUGAGGGAAUCCCGAAAUUUGCAAGACGGAUAAAAAUAAAAAUAAAAAGCUAAGAACAAAUAUUUUCUCAAAUUAAAGGAAAUUUCUGAUGCCAAUAGUUGGGCAGGUGGUUCCAGCCCUAACCCUAACCCCAAACCCAAACCCAAACCUGGCCCCCACCAUUUCUGCUCAUCAUCGUCGUCAACCCCAAAACCACCGAACUCGGUUCCUGGGUCCCACACUAAACCCUCACUUCUAUCUUCUUCAGCUCCCAAACCCUAAAUCCCCUAAACGACAUCACUUCUCGUCAGCGACCAUGGCUGCUCUGCAACUGAGACCCAAACAUAGAACCCUCCACAACCCCUCUCUCGUCAACCUCUUCUCCACCUCCCAAACCCCUCCUGAUCCCACCCCCGCCGACCAGUCCCCGUCCUCCACCCCACCCCACCCUGCCCAAUCCCAAUCCCAAUCCCAAUCCCAAUCCCAAUCCUCAUUUUCCUCCUAUUUCUCUGAUGUCAAAGCCAGCCUCAAACAACAACAACAACAAGGACAACGAAGACCCACGAACCCUUUGAGCCCAUCUCUCUCUAAGCCUUCCAAAGUCGCUUCCCUCGAAGAAAUCCGCAAGAACCUCUCCGAGUUCCGCCUCCGAUCCUCUGUGCCUCCCCCCAACGAACCCAACUCUGCGUCUUCAACCUUAUCAUCAUCACAGCGCAUCUCAUUUCAGGAGCUUUACAAACGGAAUGAGAACAGCGCCAAUGCCGGAUCAGGCCCUGGAAAAGUCGGCGGCAGGUCCUCGUUUGAAACGAUUCGCGAGAGUCUGCGGCAGAUACGGUCUUCGUCGUCUCCCGGGAUGGCGCAGAAUGAGAGGAGGAGUGCGGACCCUAUGUCAUUAUCGGAAUAUAAGACUAGUUUGAAGUUGAAGCCGUCAACGGAGUCUGGUCCCGUGAUCGGUGGGACGGGUAUGCUGCCGGCAUCUGUGUUCGGGAAGGAGAGGGAGAGGAAGGAAGCGGAGGGGGAGACAAUGUCGACGAAGACGGAGUUUGUGAAGGCGUAUACCUAUGAGGAGUUGGGGAAGAAGCUGAGGGAGCUGCGGCCGGAGGGGAAGAAGGAAAAGGAGGCGUCGUUUUCGCUUGGGGAGGUGAAUGAGAGGCUGAUAAAGCUGAGGGAGAUUGAGGAGAAGGAGACGGAGUCGAUGAUUGGCGGGCUUUCGUUUGUAGAUUUGAGGGAGAGCUUGUUGAGGUUGAAGAUGUCAGACGCUGAGAAGGCCAAGACAAGUUCAAUCCAGAGACUCGAUAUCUUGGGCCAGUUAGGCAGAACUCCAAACUUUCUGCUGCAACCUCCGAAGGAGCAGCUAGUUGAAAAGUAUUUCCACCCGGAUAAUAUGUCUUCUACAGAAAAACUGAAAAUUGAGCUAGCAAAAGUUAGAGAUGAAUUUAAAAUGUCGGAGUCAGAUUGUGGAUCUGCACGUGUUCAAGUGGCCCAACUCACAACUAAGAUCAAGCAUCUAUCUACAGUUUUACACAAAAAGGAUAAGCAUUCUCGAAAGGGUCUUAUAGGAAUGGUGCAGAGGAGGAAGAGGCUAUUGAAGUAUCUCCGAAGAACUGACUGGGAUUCAUACUGCUUGGUUCUUUCUAAACUUGGUCUCCGUGACAACCCUAAUUACAAGCACUAGGCUAUUCAACAAUGUGAUCCUGAUCUUUUGCUUCGGAAGAUAAUUGCUUGUGGUCUCCGGGACAACCUUGAUUAGAAGAAAUCUACUCUAGUCAACAAUGUUACCAUCUCUGUAUUCCUUUCUUUUCUUCCCCCCGCCCCGGGGGGUAAGAUCACUGCUGUAGUUGGUCUACCUGAGUUUUGUUCCGUUCCGCAAGGGAGUUGAGAGACUUUUACAGUCCAUUUUUGGCUCCAUUUCCUAUUUCUUUGUUAUUUUUCUUUUCUUUUUUGUUUUUUGGUUCGCAUGUUCCUAAUUCUUGUCUUUCUGAAGACAUGGUGGUUGAAUUUUUUUAAGUUAAUGUAACCGCCUAGACAAAGCAUACAUUGCUGUAGUUGUUUAUAAUAUGGUUACAAUAAAUUCUCUCCGUA